UCAGUCAUCUCUACUCUUCUAUUUCUGGUGUGAGGUGAAAAAAACACAGAAAAUAUGGCAGAGCAAGAAAGCCUGGAGUUUGGGAAGGCAGAUUUUGUGCUCCUCGAUGAGGUGACCAUGGAGGAUUUUAUGGCCAAUUUGAGACUAAGGUUUGAGCGUGGACGGAUUUACACAUACAUUGGGGAGGUGGUGGUCUCUGUGAACCCUUAUAGAUCUAUGGAUUUGUAUGGGAAGGAAAUGAUAGACCACUAUAGAGGCCGAGAACUGUAUGAGCGACCUCCUCACCUGUACGCCAUUGCAGAUGCAGCAUAUAAAGCGAUGAAACGUAGAGCCAAGGACACCUGCAUUGUGAUAUCUGGCGAGAGUGGAGCUGGGAAGACAGAGGCCAGUAAAUACAUCAUGCAGUAUAUUGCAGCUAUAACCAACCCUACUCAGCGAGAAGAGGUGGAGAGGGUGAAGAAUGUGCUACUGAAGUCAAACUGCGUACUUGAAGCUUUUGGAAAUGCCAAAACUAACCGUAAUGACAACUCCAGCCGUUUUGGCAAGUAUAUGGACAUUAAUUUUGACUUCAAGGGUGACCCAACUGGAGGACACAUCAACAACUACCUGCUAGAGAAGUCUCGUGUCCUCAAACAGCAUCAAGGAGAGAGGAAUUUUCACUCCUUCUACCAGCUUCUCCUGGGAGCCCCAAAUAAUCUGCUGAGCUCACUUCACCUACACAGGGAUCCUUCUUUAUAUACAUUCACCAGAGAGGGCACCAACAACAAUUUUGUGAUCAAUGAUAAGUCCAGUUUUAUCGUGGUGGUGGAUUCCAUGAAGGUGAUCGGAUUUAGCAAAGAAGAGAUAGAUUCAGUAUACAAGAUUCUGGCUGCCAUCUUGCAUCUGGGUAACAUGCGGUUUAUUGUGGAAGAUGACGCAGUGGGAAUAGACAACGAGGACCUGAUCUCACACAUAGCCCAGCUGACCUCCUGCCACACAGAGAGUGUCAAGAAGGCUCUUCUUUAUAGGACAAUGGCAGCCGGAGGGGGGGAGGUCAUCGAAAAAGGUCACAAUGUCAAGGAAGCCAACUAUGCCAGAGAUGCAUUUGCCAAGGCCAUCUAUGAGAGGUUGUUCUGUUGGAUAGUUGGACGGAUCAACAACAUAAUAGAAGUGAAAAAUUAUGAUGCCCGUAUCCAUGGGAAGAACACGGUGAUUGGGGUGCUGGAUAUCUACGGAUUUGAGAUCUUUGACAAUAACAGCUUUGAGCAAUUCUGCAUUAAUUACUGCAAUGAGAAGCUGCAACAGCUGUUUAUUGAGCUUAUUCUGCGGCAAGAGCAGGACGAAUACCAGAGAGAGGGCAUUGAGUGGCAGCACAUUGAAUACUUCAACAAUCAGAUUAUUGUGGACCUGGUGGAACAGCCGCACAAAGGAAUCAUAUCUAUCCUAGAUGAGGCCUGUCUGACAGUUGGGGAGGUCACGGACACCAUGUUUUUAGAAACAAUGAAUAUCAAGUUAUGCAAACACCCCCACUACACUAGCAGGAAGCUCUCGGCUAUAGACAAAUCAAUGGAAUUUAACAGAGAUUUUAGAAUCAAACACUAUGCUGGAGAUGUCACGUACUCAGUAGAAGGAUUCCUAGACAAGAACAAGGAUCCGCUGUUUCAGGACUUCAAGCGUUUGUUGUACAACAGCCAAGAUCCAGUCUUGAGGGACAUGUGGCCUGAGGGGCAGCUGAGUAUUAGUGAAGUAACCAAAAGGCCACUUACAGCCUCCAGUCUGUUCAAAAACUCUAUGAUUGCCUUGGUGGAGAAUCUGGCAUGCAAGGAGCCAUAUUACGUCCGCUGCAUAAAGCCCAAUGAUCAUAAGUCCCCGGCUCUAUUCGAUGAGCAGAGAUGUCGUCAUCAGGUGGAAUAUUUGGGUCUCUUAGAGAAUGUGCGUGUGAGGAGAGCAGGUUUUGCAUACAGACAGCCCUACCAUAGGUUCCUGCUCAGGUACAAGAUGACCUGUGAGUACACAUGGCCCAACCACCUUAUGGCAUCAGACAUGGAAGCCACCAAAGCCCUUAUAGAACAACAUGAAUUUCAGGAUGACGUUGCGUACGGACGCAACAAACUCUUCAUCAGAACGCCCCAGACGCUCUUCACUCUUGAGCAGGAGCGAGCCCAGCUGAUUCCUAUUAUUGUGCUGCUAAUUCAGAAGGUCUGGCGAGGGACCUUGGCUCGUAAACGCUACAAACAGCUGAGGGCUAUUUAUACCAUUAUGAGACAUUACAAAUGCUAUAAGGUUCGAUCACAUCUGAUGGAGGUUGUGAGACGUUUCCACAAUGUGCGCAACAUGAUGGAUUAUGGGAAGAGUGUGGAAUGGCCGGAACCGCCUGCUGUGCUAGAAAAGUUUCAGGAGAUUAGCAAGAACCUUUUUAAAAGAUGGAGAGCCAGACUAAUAGUAAAGAACAUCCCCCCAUCUGACAUGUCCCAGAUCAAGACAAAGGUUGCAGCCAUGGAAGCAUUGCAGGAUUUGCGUAAAGAGAUUGGGUAUCAGCGAGCCUGGAAACAAGACUACCUGUCAUGUGAAGGAGAGAUCCCUCAGUUCUCUGUGAUACUACAGAACCUAAAGAAGAAAGAUGGUUACAGCUCAGUCCUGUUCUCCUGUCAUGUCCGAAAGGUAAAUCGUUUUAACAAGUGCAAAGACAGAGCGCUGCUAAUAACCGACCGUCACAUAUACAAGCUGGAGCCUAAAAAGCAGUACAAGAUUAUCAAAACCCUGCCUCUGAAUAUGGUCACCGGCUUGAGCAUCACUAGCGCCCAGGACCAGCUGGUGGUACUUCACACCCAGAAACAGGAUGAUAUUGCCUUCUGCCUGCACAGGACGAAGCCUCCAAGUGAGAGUCGUGUGGGAGAGUUGGUUGGCGCGCUGGUGAAUCACUUCCAAAUGGAGAAGCGGGAGCUGUCGGUUAAGGUCACAGACUGCAUCCAGAUGAACGUACGUGGCCGAAGACGUCUGUUAUCUGUGGAGACACGUAGGGACCUGCCUCAGCCAGACUUCCGCAAGGGCCGAAGCGGCCUUGUACUAUACUGGCCGGGAAUAUGACAACAAACCUUGCCACCAGUGGCAUAAAUAUUUAUAUUGUUUACUUGCU